UUUGCCUGAAGCCUUCGGUGGGCAGGACUUUGAUCCUCUAUGCAUUUUCAAACACACUUCUGCCAAAUGAAAAAAGACAAACCUAUAUUCACAGAAGGAAAAGAAAUAGGAAACUAGCAGCUACAAUGAUGCAGACAAUACCUCUGAUGGAAGACUUUUUCCAUCAGUUUGAAGAGAACCAUCUGACAGCAGAACCAAGCCAAUGGAUUCUAGAUACUAGAUCUUCAUUUCUUGCUGCUGUGACUUUUAGCAAUUCGUUAACUGUAGCGCGUGUUUCCUCCUAGCCUGAUGGUGCCUCUUGUGGAUUCAGUGUAGGUUGUGCAUGCAAGGCAUGUCUUCAACACAAUAGUUCCACUGCCUUUUCCUAAAGAAGAUGCCCACUAUUGUGUGUGCAGUGCUAAAUGCCUUCCUAAGUGUCAUCAUCCCAUCCGCCAAUGUCUUGGUGAUCAUAGUCAUCUGUCAGCUAAGAAAGAAGAAACCAAGCCGAAACUAUGUCUUCAUUCUCAACUUGGCAGCUGCUGAUCUACUGGUUGGCAUAAUGUGCAUUGGGCAAGCUUUGGAUGAUGCAACAGAUGCACUAUUUGACACAAAUCUGCUUCUUUGUCUUGUGCGGAUCUGCAUGAGCAUUACUCCUUGCAUUGGCUCCAUUCUCACCUUGCUUUUGGUUUCUCUGGACAGGUACUUAGCUGUGAAGCUGCCCCUGCAUUAUCCCUCUCUUAUGAGCAGGAAACCUAUAGUCUUCUCACUUGUUGUCCUGUGGACUGUUUCUUUCUUGGUGGGCCACAUGCCACUUAUUUUCUCACCACUUCAGCAGAGAAAUUUCACAGCAAGGAUAUAAGAACGCAGUUUGCCAGACUGAUGAAGUGUAAGGGAAAAGGACAAAUAAAACCCUACAGGUCUAAUGGGCU